AUGGAUGUGGAUGUCCAGGAACCCCAGGCGGAGGAGAAGAAGAAGGAGAAGAAGAAGAAGGAAAAAAAAGACAAGAAGGCUAAGAAGGCUAAGGAGGAGGACACGAAUGUUCAAACAGAUACCCCGUCCGCUGAGGCCCCAGCGGAGGAGUCCGCCCAGGGAGAGGAAUCGAGCCAGAAGGGAAAUAGGUUCAUUUGCUUCGUUGGCAACCUCCCCUACUCCGCUAACCGCGAAUCCUUGACCGCGCAUUUCGAGAAGAUUUCGCCGGUAUCCGUCCGCGUCGCAACUGAAAAGGACAAGCCGACCAAGUGCCGUGGUUUCGGGUUCAUCGAGUUCGACAAUUACGAUCGCAUGAAGACCUGCCUUAAGCUUUACCACCACUCUAUGUUUGAUGACAAGAAGUACCCGCCCCGGCGGAUCAAUGUGGAGCUGACCGCCGGCGGUGGCGGCAAAUCGGAAUACCGGAAAUCGAAGAUCGAGGCAAAGAACAAGAAGCUUUUCGAAGAGAGACAGCGGAAUGCCAAGGAGAUCACUAAGGAGAAGGAGCGCAGAGCCCACGCCGAGGAGACCGGUGAAGAUGCCUUUGCGGGCGUCCACCCCAGUCGCAGAAACCGUAUGGCUUAA